AUGAGCGGCGGGCGGAGCGGGAGAGCCGCCGUGAAGAUGGAGGCGCCGUUCUACCCCGAGGAAGGGCUGGAGCUGCUGCCCGACUUCGUGCCGCUGCCGGGUUUCGCCGCCGCCGCAGGGCCCGGCGCCGAGGCGGCGGCUGGUCCGAAGCUGCUGCUGGGUGCCGGCAAGAAGCGCGACCUGCCGCCCGCUGCCCCCUCGCCGCUGCCCGGGCCCUUCGCCUUGCGCCCACCCGGCAGCGCCCGUGGGAGCGCGGCCGCCCUGCGUCUGCUGCCACCCUCCGCCGCCCCGCCGCCGCCCCCGGGCUCGGCGCAGGGCUCGGCGCCGGGAGCCGGCGCCGGGUCGGCGGCGAAUCGCGGCGGACCGGAGGCCGCGCUGGGCUCGGCGGCAGAGCUGCCUUUGCUGAAGCUGCCGCCGGCCGCCGACCUGGAGCAGCUGCUCAUCCAGGGUGGCGCGGGGCUGGGGCCCGGCAGCCCGGGACCGGCGGCGGCCGGGGGGGCCGGCGGGCCGGCGGCGGCGGGAACGUUCCUCUACCGACAGCCGGUGACGCAGGAGCAGGAGGGCUUUGCUGACGGCUUUGUCAAGGCCCUGGCCGACCUGCACAAGCAGAACCAGCUGCUGACCGCGCCGCCGCUCUCCCCGCCGGCCCCCCCCCCUCCGCCGCCGCCGCCGCCGCCGGGGUUGCCGUUCGGGCCGGCGGGGAUAGGCGCGGGGCGGCUGCCGGCGCCGCGAGCCCUGGAGGAGCCGCAGACUGUGCCCGACGUGCCGCCCGCCGCCAGCGGGGAGGGAGGAGGCAGCGCCCCGACGCCGCCGUCGCUGUCGCCGCUGGACGCGGAGAGCCAGGAGCGCCUGAAGGCGGAGCGCAAACGGCUUCGGAACCGCAUCGCGGCCUCCAAGUGCCGCCGGAGGAAGCUGGAGCGCAUCGCCCGGCUGGAGGAGAAGGUGAAGGCGCUGAAGGGGCAGAACGCCGAGCUGGCCGCCACCGCCAACCUGCUGCGCGCACAGGUCACUCAGCUGCAAGGCCGCGUCCGCAGCCACCUCUCCUCCGGCUGCCACAUCAACGCCGCCGCUCCCUCCGGGCCGCCGCCCCGCGAGCCGCCCCCGGAGGCCGCCGCCGCCACCGCGCCCGAGGCAGGCGCCUGCUGA